AUGUUAAAACCAAAAAUGAUAGAAAAUCAAAAAGAUUUUCGAUGUUCAAAAGGACAUAAUCUACCAGUCACUACUAUUGCACUAGAUCCAAAAUUAUCAAGGGAAUAGAGACUCUUAUGUACAGAAUGUUUAGAUGAUGCAGAUUUAGAUACCAAGGUGGUUGGAUUAAAAAAAAUUAUUUUAUUAAUUGAAGAAAAUUAGGUAAAUAAGAUGGAAACAGUAGAAAAUAUAAUAAUGAAUUAAAUAAAAUUAAUUGAAUCAUUACAUGGUAUUGUAGAUCAAAUGAAAUCAUUUGUAAUCCAAUAAUUAAACUAAUUGAUUACUAUUCUGAUGGACUGGAUUCAAAAUCUUAAAUAAUAAGGAUCAUAAGAUUCUUAAUAUAGUUUUUACGAAGAAUUAGAAAUUAUGUUUAUAAAGUAAAAUAAAACUGAUGACUACUUAUAAAUAAUAAUCAAAGAAAUUUAGUAAACCAAUCUCUGUUGGACUUCAAAAUUUAAUCAUAAACUAGAAAAAUUUUAAUAAUUUGAGCAAUAUAAUAAAUGUAAGGAACUAUUAUCUUGUUUAUUAUAAGGUACUUGGAAUUUUAAUCAGAGUGAAUAAAAAUAAUAAAUCGAUAUCUAACAAAAAAAUAAAGAAAUAGAAUUUUUACAUAGUAAAUUAAAUAUAAAAGAAUCAGAAACUAUUUAAUCUACUCAUCCAAUUUAUCUCAAACCAUUCAAUUAUUAAAUAAUUUAACAAACUUCUUUUUCAUAAUUCGAUUUGUGUUUAGCAAUAGCUAUUGAUAAUGAUUGUUCAACAUUAGUGGCUGGAUGUAGAGAAAAAAUUAAAGUAUAUGAAUUCAAAUAAGGAAUCAUCGAUGAAAUUUAAACUUUAAAUGAACAUAAAGAUAGGAUAUGUACUUUAAACUUCAUGAAGAAAUCGAAAUAGUUUAUAUCUGGAAGCUGUGAUAAUACUAUUAGAAUAUGGAAAUAAAAUUAAAAUAAUUUAUGGAGUUCAUUAUAGGUAUUAAAUGGACAUAGUAAUACAAUCACUUGUUUAGUAUUCAAUUUAAAUGAAGAUCUAAUUAUAUCAGGGAGUCAUGAUAGUAAUAUUAAAUUUUGGAUGAAGAAGAAUGAAUGGUUGCUUUAAUAAACAAUUACUGAUCAUUCUAAUUAUGUAUAUGGAUUAAGUUUGAAUUAAGAAUAAAAUAGAAUAGUAUCAUGUGGAUAUGAUAAAUUUAUAUUAAUAAUAGAAAAUUAAGGAUAGAAUACAGAAUGGAAAGUAAUACAAAAGAUUAAUAUUGAUAAUUGUGGAUGGCGAGUAUGCUUUAUUGAUAAUAAUUUGUUCACAUUAUCACAAAGAGAUUAAGAAUAUAUAUCUGUCUUUGAGAUUAAUACUAUCAAUAAAUAGUUUACCAAAACUAGAGAUAUUACUAUAAAGUGUGGAUCAGAUACUAAUUGUUUAUUUCCUUAAUAAUACAUAAAUUCAAAAUGUAUUUUAUUGAGUAAGAAUGGUGAAUAUGUCAAUUUGAUAAGGAAAAAAUAAAAUGGAGAGUUUCUGACUGAAUAAUCUAUUCAUUUUGGAAGUAAUUCCUUAUAUGGAGGAAUGAGUGAAGAUGGAUAGUAUUUGAUCACAUGGGAUUCAAAAUCAUAUUAAAUAUAAAUUAGGAAAUAUCAAGAAUUAUGA